UGAACUAUUUACCAUCUUUUUAAUCAACCCAUGUUAAGGAUGAGAUGGUUGAGCUACUACAGUUCUGCUUUGGUAACCCUUCUUCUGGUUGUCUUCCAGGUACAUGGAAAUUGCAUGGUUCUAUCUCAAGCAGGCAGCAGUAAUGACAGUAGUGUUUUCGCAAGAACAAAUGGAACCCAUUUCGUAAUGAACAACAAGCCUCUCUAUUUAAAUGGCUUCAAUGCAUAUUGGAUGGUGUACAUGGCAUCUGAUCCUUCUACAAGGGCUAAAGUCACAUCUGCAUUUCAGCAAGCCUCCAGGAAUGGCAUGAAUAUUGCUAGAACUUGGGCGUUUAGAGAUGGCGGUUCUGAUAAACCUCUCCAGAUUUCUCCAGGUUCCUACAACGAGGACAUGUUCAAGGGAUUGGAUUUUGUAAUCUCAGAAGCUGGAAAACAUGGAAUCUAUUUGAUCUUGAGCUUGGUGAACAACUAUGAAGAAUUUGGGGGUAGGCCUCGGUAUGUGCAGUGGGCAAGAGAACGUGGCCAGCAAUUGAGUAACGAUGAUGACUUCUACACAAAUCCUACAGUCAAAACAUUCUAUAAAAGCCAUGUCAAGGCGGUGCUCACAAGAGUUAAUUCAAUUACAGGGGUGACUUAUCAAGAAGAUCCGACAAUUUUUGCUUGGGAAUUGAUGAAUGAACCUCGUUGCAGUGACUUCUCUGGAACUCAAAUUCAGGACUGGAUCAAAGAAAUGGCGUCCUACGUUAAAUCCAUUGACAGCUCUCAUCUCCUGGAAAUUGGGCUUGAAGGUUUUUAUGGGGACUCCAUGAAGCAGUUGAAUCCUGGUAAUUUACUUGUUGGGACUGAUUUCAUCACCAACAAUCAAGUCCCUGACAUAGAUUUUUCCACCAUUCAUCUCUACCCUGAGCAAUGGUUGCUGAAUUCAAGUGAAGAGGACCAGGCUGCUUUUGUGGACAGUUGGGUGAAAGCCCACAUCCAAGACUCCGAUUCCGUGCUGAAAAAACCACUUAUUAUUGGGGAAUUUGGGAAGUCUUCCAGGAUUCCUGGAUACAGCUUACAGAAAAGAGACGGCUAUUUUGUGAAGAUAUAUAAUGCCAUAUACAGCAGCGUUACGAGUGAAGGCCCAUUUAGCGGUGGGGUGUUUUGGCAACUCAUGGCCCAAGGAAUGGAUAGCUGGGCAGAUGGCUACCAAGUAGUCUUGGAGGAGAGCCCCUCCACUGCCAGUGUCAUUGCUGAACAGUCUCGCAAGCUAUCAUCAUUUACACAUGAAAAACGAAAAGAAAAUGCGUCUGAUAUGCAAAUGUAGGAAUCACUAAAUAAAUUUGCUCCCUGUUGUCUAUGUUCUGGAACAUGCAAAGAUGUGAUCAUCCAAAAAGGUACCAGCAAUGGGAUGCUUUCCUGAUUGCUCCCGUAUGUUGCUGGAGUUAACUAUAUAAGAUAGUUUUGUUGUUUACAAUGUGUUAGGUAGUUUACGAUAAUUUUUAAUUGAGUUCGGGAUAGAUUCAAAUUCGA